AUGGCAAACCGUCUCGCACAGGUUUCUGGUCACCUUAGUAAUGCACAUGGACGCGGGCUUCUCUCCGGAGAGGUGGCUAUAAUCACUGGUGAGAGAUAUGGCAUCGGACGCAGCGCUUCCCUGCUGUUCGCAAAGGAAGGUGCCAAAGUCGUGGUUAGCGAUAUUGACGCCAAGAAGGCCUCGGCAGUAGUGGAGGAGAUUAAGGCUGCAGGCGGUGACGCAAUAUAUGUCGCAGGAGACGUUGGCGCAGACGACUUCCCACAAACAAUCGUGGACGCAACUGUGAAGCAAUAUGGCAAGAUCAAUCACAUCGUGAACAAUGCUGGUUUCACACACGACAAGAUGAUCCACACCAUGCCAGACGAGACAUACGACAUCAUCAUGAAAAUCCACGUCCGUGCACCCUUCCGCCUCAUUCGUGCCGCUGCACCUUAUUUCCGAAUCAAGAGCAAUACUCCAGAAAAUCGUUCUAUCAUUAAUGUCUCUUCGACGUCCGGUCUGCAUGGAAAUGUUGGCCAAGCAAAUUACGCCGCUGCAAAGUCUGCAGUUGUAGGUCUCACCAAGACUAUUGCGAAGGAGUGGGGGCCAUUUGGUGUUCGUGCGAAUACCAUUGCAUUUGGCCUCGUGCACACUCGGUUGACCGCGGCCAAAGAGGAGGGUGCAACCAUUGAGAUUGACGGUCAGAAGGUUGCACUUGGCAUUCCCGGCGCAAAGCAGCGCACUGCUGCUCAGAACGUAACUGCUUUCGCGGACAUUCCUCUGCAGAGAGGCGCCACUGCCGAUGAGGCGGCCGCAGGCAUGCUUUUCCUUGCGUCACCGCUUGCGUCGUAUGUGAGCGGCCAUACGCUGGAGGUAACGGGCGGACGAGGAAUCUAG